AUGGGCUCGUCAUUAGUCCAACGACACCCAUCAUUCACCCUUCGCAUCAACGCCCAAGGCACGUCGCCAGUCACCUCAAGUCUCUACGAGCCUAUCAUGGACGCAUCGGCUCCCAGCUUCGCCAUGCAGCGCUAUCUCGACCUCCACAACCAACACGAAGAACUCCGCCAAAACUUGGACACCAUCCGAACAACAGCCAUGUUCUCGACGAGUACCACCUCGCUGACAUCGUCGCCGGCUGUAUCGCCCACCCGUAGCUCCUGUACGCCUUUCGGCCAGUAUCCUUCUAGCAGGCGUCACAGUCGUCGAUCUUCGCUUGCCGGUCCUCCCCGAACGCGCCGGAGCAGCACCUCGCUGCAGCCCCUGGCCGACGAAUCAAUCCUGUACCAAGUCGCCGAGGAGGAGCGCCGUCUCUUCGACGUCAACGAGGGCAUGAAGCGUGCCCUCACAGAGCUGCUCAACGGCCAUGAAGCCAAAGCCGACGGCGCCUUCCGAACUUGGGUUCAAUGCCGGUUAAUGGACACGGAGAAGGAGCUUCGCUCCGAGAGACACCUCCAAGGACAGCAGCUCACCAUGUCGGUGCUCCUUGAGACCAGCUCUGGGGACAUUGUCAUUGACCUGCUGGUUGACUAUGCACCAAAGCUCUGCGAAAACUUUCUGAAGCUCUGCAAAGCCAAGUACUAUAAUUUCUCUCCGAUACACUCGAUUCAAAAAUCCUUCUCCUUCCAGACCGGUGACCCAUUGGGUCCCACGUCGAAAGAAUCCGAUGGCGGCACAUCCAUCUGGGGGCUCCUGUCGGGCGACAGCAAACAGAAGACGUUCCCGGCGUUAUUCCAUCCAAAGCUGAAGCAUCUCGAACGCGGUACCGUCAGCAUGGCCACGGCGCCAUCCGAUUCCGACCCCGAGACGAGGUUCGCGGCCUCGCAAUUCAUCGUCACGCUGGGCGAGGAGACGGACUUUCUCGACGGCAAGGCGGCCAUCUUUGGCAAGGUCGUCGAGGGGUUCGACGUCCUGGAGAAGAUCAAUGAGGCCAUCGUCAACGACAAGGGCCACCCGCUCAUCGACAUCCGCAUCAAGCACACAGUCAUCCUCGACGACCCGUACCCAGACCCGCCAGGCCUGCGCGAGCCCAGCAGCUCGCCGCCGCCUACCAAGGCGCAGCUCGCGACGGUGCGCAUCGCCGACGAGGCGGCGCUGCACGAGGACGACGCCCUCGGCGAGGACGCCAUUGAGAAGCGCCGCCGCGACAGGGAGGCGCGCGCCCAGGCCCUGACGCUCGAGAUGAUGGGCGACCUGCCGUUCGCCGAGGUCGCGCCGCCCGAGAAUAUCCUCUUCGUCUGCAAGCUCAACCCCGUCACGACGGACGGCGACCUCGAGCUCAUCUUUGGGCGGUUCGGUACCAUUCUCAGCUGCGAGGUCAUUCGCGACAAGAAGACGGGCGACAGCCUGCAGUACGCUUUCAUCGAGUAUGGUGACAAGGCGUCGUGCGAGGCUGCCUACUUCAAGAUGCAGGACGUCCUCAUUGACGACCGAAGGAUUCACGUGGAUUUCUCGCAGAGCGUGAGCAAGCUCAGCGAUGUGUGGAGGAACGACACCAACAAGAAACGCAAGAAGAACGCAUCUCGCGGAGGCUGGGGAGGCAUCGACGAGCUUGAGAAGAGGAGGCAGUACCGUGAUCAAGACGAUGCCCGUCACGGCGACAAUUACAACCUCGUGUACGGUGACGAGGAGAUGAAGGGUCGUCACGAGCGAGGGCAAGGGGGACAGGGAGAAGCUCCGUCGGCCGAGAGUGGACGUGAUGACCGGCGCGACGAUCGACGAGAGGACCGACAACAUGGUGAAGGAUCCCGGCCUUUGAACCGAAGCCGCAGCCCGCGGAGACGCGACGAUCAAAGACGCGACGAUAGAAGACGCGACGAUCGACGGUACGAUGAUCGAGAUCGUAACAGAUCUGGCUAUCGCGAUACCCGGCGCAAGGAUGACCGGUACGAUAGACGACGCGAUGGCCAGGACAGUGACAGAGAUCGAGACCGAUACCAGGACCACGGGAGGCCUAGGCGGAGAUAG